AAUAAAAGUAGUUUUGUCCGUCGAAGCUUAGCCAUGAAACUUAGCACUGUUGAAGAUUACAACCCAUUUGUAGAGAACAUGGGAUGUGAAUAUAACCAGGUUAUGUUUAAUAUAUCCAAUGGAGCUAUGACCGGAUUCUUUCAGGGCUACCCUAAGUCUAAGUCCGCAGCUUCUAUGGUGUUAGCCUGGUUUGGCCAUCAAAUUGAGGACAAGGAUGUUAUCAAGUGUUUUAAUGAUACCUCUCAGAGUCGACCAAAACAAUCAAUUAUAAGCAUAUUUAAAAAACUUAAUUUCUUUAUG